AUGUUUCUCCCUUUCGUGGUCGUAUCUCUUGUCCUCCUCGGAUUGAUACUCAAGAGGCUCGUCUUCCGACCAAAUCAUCCCGCGAUACCCGGACCCAAGCCCUACCCUAUCAUCGGCAACCUCUUUGAUCUGCCUCACGAGCGCCAGUGGAUCAAAUUCACGGAGUGGGCACGCCUGUAUGGCGAGAUCGUUCAUGUGCAUACGUUUGGCACAUCAAUCAUUGUUCUCAACAGCGUCCAUGCAGUCAAGGAGUUGUUGGAACGCCGAUCUGCGAUAUACUCCGACCGCCCCCAUUCUGUUAUGCUUUGUGAUAUCAUGGGAUACGAAUGGGGCGUCAAUGCCAUGCAAUACGGCGAUCGAUGGAAGACCCACCGGCGGAUCCUCCACCAAUCCUUCCAGCGCGCCACGAUCCAGAAUUUUUGGCCGAUCCAACAUGCAGCGACUACGCGACUAGUGUCUGCCCUUUGUAGCAAACCGAACAACUUCUGGGAACAUUGCAAACACUUCUCAGCUUCUAUCGCCGCCAAAAGCGCUUAUGGCAUAGAGCUCUCCGAUCAAGACGAUUGGUUUAUUCAGCAGCAGCAACGCAACUUCGAAUACCUCACGAUCGGAGCGACGCCCUUCCGCUGGAUGGUCGAUAUAAUUCCUGCGCUGAGACAUGUACCCGCGUGGGUUCCUGGCGCCGAAUUCAAAAGAGUAGCGAGAGCUGCGCGUGAAUGUUGGCAGGUGAUGUUGGAAGCGCCUCUCGCUUACGCAAAAGCUGCAAUCGAGACGGGAACUGCGCCAGUAUGCCUCGUUUCGAAGUGUCUCGAAGGGUCUGAAAAAUCAGGCCUGUCGCCCGAGGUGCAUGAAGGAUACGUCAAGAACGCAGCAGGAAUAGUUUACGUUGCCGGAAUGGAUACGACUUCUAGUGCAUUGCACGCAUUUAUUCUCGCGAUGGUUUUACAUCCAGAAGUGCAACGAAAGGCACAGAAGGAACUGGACACUGUCCUUGGCGUCGAGCGCACUCCCAGUUUCGAAGACCGCCCAAAUCUCCCAUACAUCGAAGCGAUCAUGAGCGAGGUCCUUCGCUGGGUGCCUAUCGCGCCCGUCGCACUCCCGCACGUCGCCGCACAAGACGACCAAUACGGCGAGUAUGUUAUCAAGAAGGGCACACUCGUCUUUGGUAACUCCUGGGCUCUCUUACACGACCCGGAUAUUUACGCGGAUCCUUGGGUGUUCCGUCCGGAGCGGUUCAUCAAAUCGGACACACAAAUCCCGGAGACUGAUCCAGCAAAUCUGUCUGUAUACGGAUACGGUCGCCGAGUAUGCCCAGGGCGCUGGCUAGCAGAUGGGUCGGUGUGGAUCGCGAUUGCGACUAUACUGUCACGAUUCGACAUAUCUCCCGCUAUUGACGCGCACGGCGCACCCAUAGAUGUAAGCUUCGCUAGGGAUCAACUCCCUGCCUUCAACUCGUAUGUGAUCCACCUUUGCGAUGGCCUCUUGCGAGACAAUUGA